CUGGUUUGAGCUGCAGUGUCUUGUAGCAGCGGUUGGGUAAGGGAAUGCAGCUGUCCGCUGUCCGGGAAGCAUAACCAUAUAUACCCAUACAGACAACACACGGCCCUUUGAACUGGACUAGACCUGCCUCCUUCUACUGCCGGAGAAACCCGACACACACACACAUCCCGACCACCGUGGAGCAAAGACUCUAUCCACAAGGCGGAGAGGUAAAAGAGCGGAGCCGCGAGCAUGGCUGUCGAAGAGGAAGGGCUACGGGUUUUCCAAAGCGUCAAAAUAAAAAUAGGUGAGGCGAAGAACAUCCCUCCAUACCCAGGUCCCAACAGGAUGAGAGACUGUUACUGUACUGUCAACCUGGAUCAGGAGGAGGUCUUCAGAACCAAGAUCAUCGAGAAGUCUCUGUGCCCUUUCUAUGGAGAGGACUUUUAUUGUGAAAUCCCCCGUAGUUUCCGCCAUCUGUCCUUCUACAUCUUCGACAGAGACGUGUUCAGGAGGGACUCCAGCAUCGGUAAGGUAGCAGUGCAGAAAGAAGACCUCCAGAGGUAUCAUGGUAAAGACACCUGGUUCCCUCUGAGACACGUCAGCGCAGACUCAGAGGUUCAGGGAAAGGUCCACAUAGAGCUCCGUCUCAGUGAGGUCAUCACAGACAGCGGAGUCGUCUGUCUUAAACUGGCCACACGUGUGUUGGAGUGCCAGGGCCUGCCCAUCGUGAAUGGACAGUGUGAUCCGUACGCUGCGGUCUCCCUGCUGGGCCCAUCCAGAUCAGAAGCUAAGAAGACCAAGGUGAAAAGGAAAACCAACAACCCCCAGUUUGAUGAGACAUUCUACUUUGAGGUGACACGACCUCUUAGUCACACCAAGAGGCAGUUUGAUGUGGAGGAGGAGGGAGUUGACAAGCUGGCUCUGAGGGUUGACCUGUGGAAUGCCAGUAACCUGAAGUUUGGGGAUGAGUUCCUGGGAGGGGUCAGAGUUCCUCUGAGGGCCCUGGGACAGGCUGGGGUCCACGACGCAUGGUACUUUCUGCAGCCCAGGGAUAACGGAGGGAAACCGGUGAAAGUGGAUGAGUUGGGUUCUCUUCGUUUAAACAUUGUUUACACUGAGGACCAUGUGUUCCCCUCUGACCACUACGGCCCUCUGAGAGACCUGAUGUUGACCUCGGCUAACGUAAAGCCGGUCUCGGCAUCAGCGGCUCAUAUCCUCGGGGAGGUCUGCCGGGAGAAACAGGAAGCAGCGAUCCCAUUGGUCCGUCUGUUCCUUCACUAUGGAAACAUCCUGCCUUUCCUCAGUGCCGUCGCCCACGCAGAGGUCAACCGUACACAGGAUCCUAAUACCAUCUUCAGAGGGAACUCUCUAACGUCUAAGUGUAUCGAUGAGACCAUGAAGCUGGCUGGGAACCACUACCUCCAGGUCACCUUGAGAUCCAUGAUAGAUGAGAUCUGUACGGACCACAAGCCCUGUGAGAUCGACCCUGUGAAGCUCAAAGAGUCAGAAAACCUAGAGACCAACAGGGAGAACCUGCGUCAGUAUGUCGACCGGAUCUUCAACAUGAUCACAACGUCAGGCGUGCGUUGUCCCACCAUCAUGUGUGAUAUUUUCUUCUCACUCAGAGAAUCUGCUGCAACACGUUUCGAAGUCGACCAGGAUGUGAGGUACACGGCGGUCAGUAGUUUCAUCUUCCUGCGAUUCUUCGCCCCGGCCAUCCUCUCUCCUAACCUGUUCCAGCUGCGACCGCAUCACCCGGACCCCGCCACGUCUCGGACCCUCACCCUCAUCUCAAAGACCAUCCAGACCCUGGGUAGCCUCGCCAAGUCCAAAUCAGCUAGUUUUAAAGAGACUUACAUGGCGGCCUUCUACGAUUACUUCAACGAGCAGAAGUAUGGCGACGCUGUGAAGAACUUCCUGGACCUAAUCUCGUCGUCAGGGAGAUGGAACCAGAAGAGUAUCGAGACUCCCAUCAUGCUGAAAGAGGGGUUCAUGAUCAAGCGAGCCCAGGGGAGGAACCGUUUUGGGAUGAAGAACUUCAAGAAGAGGUGGUUUCGCCUCACUAACCAUGAGUUUACCUACCACAAAACCAAAGGUGAGGGCGCUCUCUGCAGAAUCCCUAUAGAGAAUAUCCUGGCAGUAGAGAGACUGGAGGAAGAGUCCUUCAAGAUGAAGAACAUGUCCCCCUGGAUGCUCCAGAUGUUCCAGGUAAUCCAGCCAGAGAGGGCUCUCUACAUCCAGGCCAAUAACUGUGUGGAGGCCAGGGACUGGAUAGACAUCCUGACCAAGGUCAGCCAGUGCAACAGGAAGAGACUGAGCACAUACCACCCCUCAGCUUACCUCAACGGUCACUGGCUCUGCUGCAAGAUGUCUGCCGACACAGAACCAGGCUGUACACCCUGUACUGGGGGCCUCCCAGCCAACAUUCAGCUGGAUGUGGACGGAGACAGAGAGGCUGAGAGAAUCUACUGCCUGUUCAGCACGAACAUGAACAAACUGGUCAACAUGCAAGAGGCCUGUGGCAGUAGAUCGGUAUAUGACGGCCCAGAGCAGGAGGAGUAUUCCUGCUUCCUCAUCGACGAUCCCCGGGAGACUUAUAAGACGCUGAGAGUCAUCAUCUCCUCUGUUCAGACACUGGAGCAGCAGCACACCAAGUACAAACGAGACAUGUUCAGGAAGACCAAGAUCGGCAGCCAGGAUCAUCCAAUCGGAGACAAGAGUUUUCAGUGUUACAUCCACCAACAGUCUGAGAGCUCCACCUACUCCAUCUAGCCCCGCCCACCAACCACUGCCAUGAAGCGCAGAGCUCCGCCCCCGAUGACCUGAGACCUAGCAACACUUCCUGGUUACUCCUGGUCCACGGCUUCCCAUGGUGCAUCUUUCAGAACACGGACACUCAGAGCCGAGGUCUAACGGAAUAGUCUAUGAUGAUGUGCUACAACACAGUGACCACGCACUUUAACCCACAACGGACGUAAAGCUACUGCCUCGUUCUGAAACAAUCGCCCCACAACGGACAUAAAGCUACUGCCUCGUUCUGAAACAAUCGCCCCACAACGGACAUAAAGCUACUGCCUCGUUCUGAAACAAUCGCCCCACAACGGACAUAAAGCUACUGCCUCGUUCUGAAACAAUCUUAUUUUAUUUCUCAUGUUGUUGUAAUGUUUGAUAACUAAAUGGUUUAAGUGGUAAUGGUGUGAAAACAACCGAUUCCUUUGUAUUUCAAGUCACACAGACCAAACUCUAGGUUGAAGGACUGUCCACUUGGAGUCCUACUAUGUAUGUGUUGAACCCCCCCCACACACACACUUGGUGGUGUACUCUGCUGCCUCCUGGUCUGGGUCAGAACUCUGCUGCCUCCUGGUCUGGGUCAGAACUCUGCUGCCUCCUGGUCUGUCCCUGGGUCAGAACUCUGCUGCCUCCUGGCCUGGGUCAGAACUCUGCUGCCUCCUGGUCUGUCCCUGGGUCAGAACUCUGCUGCCUCCUGGUCUGUCUCUGGGUCAGAACUCUGCUGCCUCCUGGUCUGGGUCAGAACUCUGCUGCCUCCUGGUCUGGGUCAGAACUCUGCUGCCUCCUGGUCUGUCCCUGGGUCAGAACUCUGCUGCCUCCUGGCCUGGGUCAGAACUCUGCUGCCUCCUGGUCUGUCCCUGGGUCAGAACUCUGCUGCCUCCUGGUCUGUCUCUGGGUCAGAACUCUGCUGCCUCCUGGUCUGGGUCAGAACUCUGCUGCCUCCUGGUCUGUCCCUGGGUCAGAACUCUGCUGCCUCCUGGUCUGUCUCUGGGUCAGAACUCUGCUGCCUCCUGGCCUGUACCCAGUCCCUGGGUCAGAACUCUGCUGCCUCCUGGUCUGUCCCUGGGUCAGAACUCUGCUGCCUCCUGGCCUGUACCCAGUCCCUGGGUCAGAACUCUGCUGCCUCCUGGCCUGUACCCAGUCCCUGGGUCAGAACUACAAAUCCCAGUUGUGUAUGCAUUCCCUCAGAUUUCUCCUGCUGUGAAUCUAGUUAAUGGUCAGGUCCAGGGCCUGUGGAUGGUACGGCCAUUAUGGUUCACUCUCUGCAUUGUGGGAAACCAACAGAACUAACCCAGUGACUGGUUGCUAUGUCCAACGCAACAGAACUGACCCAGUGACUGGUUGCUAUGUCCAAAACAACAGAACUAACCCGGUGACUGGUUGCUAUGUCCAAAACAACAGAACUAACCCGGUGACUGGUUGCUAUGUUCAAACCAACAGAACUAACCCGGUGACUGGUUGCUAUGUUCAAAGCAACAGAACUAACCCGGUGACUGGUUGCUAUGUCCAAACCAACAGAACUAACCCGGUGACUGGUUGCUAUGUUCAAAACAACAGAACUAACCCGGUGACUGGUUGCUAUGUCCAAACCAACAGAACUAACCCGGUGACUGGUUGCUAUGUUUUCUUAAACCAACAGAACUAACCCGGUGACUGGUUGCUAUGUCCAAACCAACAGAACUAACCCGGUGACUGGUUGCUAUGUCCAAACCAACAGAACUAACCCGGUGACUGGUUGCUAUGUCCAAACCAACAGAACUAACCCGGUGACUGGUUGCUAUGUCCAAACCAACAGAACUAACCCGGUGACUGGUUGCUAUGUCCAAACCAACAGAACUAACCCGGUGACUGGUUGCUAUGUCCAAAGCAACAGAACUAACCCAGUGACUGGUUGCUAUGUCCAACGCAACAGAACUAACCCGGUGACUGGUUGCUAUGUCCAAAGCAACAGAACUAACCCGGUGACUGGUUGCUAUGUCCAAAGCAACAGAACUAACCCAGUGACUGGUUGCUAUGUCCAAAGCAACAGAACUAACCCAGUGACUGGUUGCUAUGUCCAACGCAACAGAACUAACCCGGUGACUGGUUGCUAUGUCCAAAGCAACAGAACUAACCCGGUGACUGGUUGCUAUGUCCAAAGCAACAGAACUAACCCAGUGACUGGUUGCUAUGUCCAACGCAACAGAACUAACCCGGUGACUGGUUGCUAUGUCCAAAGCAACAGAACUAACCCGGUGACUGGUUGCUAUGUCAAAAACAACAGAACUAACCCGGUGACUGGUUGCUAUGUCCAAACCAACAGAACUAACCUUGUGAUUGGUUACUAUGUCCAAAGCAACAGAACUAACCCGGUGACUGGUUGCUAUGUCCAAACCAACAGAACUAACCCGGUGACUGGUUGCUAUGUCCAACGCAACAGAUCUAGCUGGGCAUCCAUUCUCUCUGUCGUCCGUGGUUGUUGUUAGGUACAGAGUCUUCCAUGAUGGCAGACCAGCAGAUCUAGCUGGGCAUCCAUUCUUCUCUGUCGUCCGUGGGUGUUGUUAGGUACAGAGUCUUCCAUGAUGGCAGACAGUCUUCUGUAGUCUGGCUACCGGUUAGAUAACAUUCCACUCCCAUGUCGUUGUUUCCUAAUGGAAAGCUAGCUAAACAGGCUGGUACCCAGACUAAUGGAAAGCUAGCUAAACAGGCUGGUACCCAGACUAAUGGAGAGCUAGCUAAACAGGCUGGUACCCAGACUAAUGGAGAGCUAGCUAAACAGGCUGGUACCCAGACUAAUGGAGAGCUAGCUAAACAGGCUGGUACCCAGACUAAUGGAGAGCUAGCUAAACAGGCUGGUACCCAGACUAAUGGAGAGCUAGCUAAACAGGCUGGUACCCAGACUAAUGGAGAGCUAGCUAAACAGGCUGGUACCCAGACUAAUGGAGAGCUAGCUAAACAGGCUGGUACCCAGACUAAUGGAGAGCUAGCUAAACAGGCUGGUACCCAGACUAAUGGAGAGCUAGCUAAACAGGCUGGUACCCAGACUAAUGGAGAGCUAGCUAAACAGGCUGGUACCCAGACUAAUGGAGAGCUAGCUAAACAGGCUGGUACCCAGACUAAUGGAGAGCUAGCUAAACAGGCUGGUACCCAGACUAAUGGAGAGCUAGCUAAACAGGCUGGUACCCAGACUAAUGGAGAGCUAGCUAAACAGGCUGGUACCCAGACUAAUGGAGAGCUAGCUAAACAGGCUGGUAC